AAAUUUUACUUCGUCUUGUCUUUCCCACAUGCUUCCGGUGUUACUGAUCUGAGAAAACCGGAGAAGAAACUAAAUCAGAGAAAAUAUGCCGAAGAAAGGUAAAGGAAAAGCAAAAGAAGAAGAACUCUGGAACGGCGAUGAGGAGGAAAAAGCCCUCGAUGAAAAGAUGAAGAAAUUGGCGACCGAAGAUGGCGCAGCUGGAAAAGAAAAGAAGAAAAAGAAGAAAUCAAAGCUCGCACAGCUAGCUGAAAUAAUGGCGGCAGAGGAUAAUGAAGAGGAAGAAAAAGAGGAAGAAAUUGUUCAACCAAAAGGAAAAGAAAAGAGCAAACCCAAGAUUGAGGAGGAGGAGGAAGUGAAGUUUGACUAUUACGAAUCUGAGGAGGAAACACAGAAAGAUGAAGAGGAGGAAAAGGCGGAAGAACAGGCGGAGGAAAACAAACCAAAACUCAGCAAAAAGGAAAUGAAGAAACUUAAAAAGCAAGCAGAGUACCAGAAACAGCUGGAUAGCAUGGAGGCGGGAGGGGUGGAAAACUUUACCGUGUCACAGGCGGAGAAAUCCGCCAAAGCAACUGUACUGGAUAGUCAAGAUAUUAAAGUGGAGAAUUUUUCCAUCGCUGCUAAAGGUAAAGAUCUCUUUGUUAACGCCAGCUUGUACAUCACUGCGGGGAGGAGGUACGGUCUAGUGGGCCCUAAUGGACACGGAAAGACAACCCUGCUGAAUCAUAUGGCCAAAAAAAUUCUAAACAUUCCAGCAGGUAUUGAUAUUCUGCUGUGUGAACAGGAGAUUGUGGCGGAUGACACCAAGUCCAUUGAUUCUGUUCUGAAGGCUGACAAGGUCCGCACAGCUCUUCUGGAGGAGGAAAAGAAACUCCUUGUUGAAGUGGAAAAAGGGAACACAAAAAUUAAUGAAAGACUCAAGGAGGUUUAUGAUGAGCUUCGAGCCAUUGGUGCUGACGCAGCAGAACCAAAAGCCAGGAGGAUCCUCGCAGGUCUGGGAUUCACGAAAGAGAUGAUGGAGCGCCCCACAAAGAAUCUGUCUGGAGGAUGGAGAAUGAGGGUGUCCCUGGCCAGAGCCUUAUUUCUGGAGCCCACCCUCCUCCUACUGGACGAGCCAACCAACCACCUGGAUCUUAAUGCUGUUAUUUGGCUGGAUAACUAUCUACAGACCUGGAAGAAGACACUGCUUGUGGUCUCUCACGACCAGAGCUUUUUGGACAAUGUCUGCACGGACAUUAUUCACCUAGAUCAGCAUAAGUUGUUCUAUUACAGAGGUAACUAUGCCACAUUUAAGAAGAUGUUGAAGCAGAAGAGGAAAGAACAAGCAAAAGCGUAUGAGAAGCAGGAAAAAAUGUUGAAGGAAAUGAAAGCCUCAGGUAAAUCAACUAAAGUUGCUGAAGCCAAACAGAAAGAGGCCCUGACACGGAAGCAGGAGAAGAAUAGAAACAAGAAAAUGCAGGCUGCCAUUGAAGAAGAGAACAAACCCACAGAAUUAUUACAGAAACCAAAGGAGUAUAUUGUCAAGUUCAAUUUUCCUAAUCCUAGCCCACUGAAUCCUCCCAUCUUGGGUCUGAAUAAUGUGACAUUUGCUUAUGGAAACAACCCGGCAUUGUUUGUGAAUCUAGACUUUGGUAUUGACAUGAGUUCAAGAGUUGCUAUAGUCGGACCCAAUGGUGUUGGGAAGUCUACGUUUUUAAAACUUCUUGUGGGAGAUUUAGAACCUCAGAAAGGAGAAAUGAUUAAAAAUCACAGACUUAGAAUUGGGAAAUAUGACCAACAUUCUGCAGAUCAGCUAAAUAUGGAUGAAACGCCGUGUGAGUAUCUACAAAGACUGUUUAACAUCCCAUAUCAGGAUUCCAGAAAAAUGCUUGGAAAGUUUGGACUGGCCAGUCAUGCCCACACAAUUAAAAUUCGAGAUCUUUCUGGAGGACAAAAAGCCCGGGUUGCUCUGGCAGACCUCUCGUGUCGUGCUGCAGACGUGUUAAUUCUUGACGAACCUACCAACAAUCUGGAUAUUGAAUCCAUUGAUGCUCUUGGUGAUGCAAUAAACGAUUAUGAAGGAGGAGUUAUUAUUGUGUCUCACGAUGAGAGACUGAUCCGAGAUACAGACUGCACUUUGUGGGUGGUGGAGGAUCGUACUAUUAAUGAGGUGGAUGGUGGCUUUGAUGAUUAUCGGCGAGAACUUCUGGAAUCUCUGGGAGAAGAAGUAGUGAUAGCUCAGCCAACAGAUAUAAACUGAUGAAAUGUCUAGAAUGUCAAUUAUUUAAACAAAACUUGUUUUUGGUGCAAUGUUUCAGAUGAAUGUAAAAUGUUAAGUUCUUAACAUUUAUUUUCUUCCAGAAUUAUGCUUGUAAAAAUUGUGGUGAAAUUGUGAAUAUGUUCUUUAUGUCUCUACCAGGCUUAAUUGUUAGAUUUAAAUUUCAUUUUGAAAGGUAUAAUUUUCAUUUUCAUUUUGGGUA